AUGAAGAUCGAGGAGGUGAAGAGCACCACUAAAACCCAGCGCAUCGCAUCUCACAGUCAUGUCAAAGGACUGGGGCUGGACGAGGCCGGUAAUGCUAAGCAGACAGCAUGUGGUUUGGUUGGACAAGAGGCUGCGAGAGAGGCCUGUGGCAUCAUUGUGGAGCUGAUCCGUUCAAAGAAGAUGGCUGGAAGAGCAGUGGUAUUAGCAGGACCUCCAGGAACAGGAAAGACGGCUUUGGCUCUCGCUGUGGCGCAGGAGUUGGGAAACAAAGUUCCCUUCUGUCCGAUGGUUGGCAGUGAAGUCUACUCCUCUGAGAUCAAAAAGACAGAAGUGUUGAUGGAGAAUUUCAGAAGAGCCAUCGGCCUGAGAAUCAAAGAAACAAAAGAAGUGUACGAAGGAGAGGUGACGGAGCUGACUCCCUGUGAGACGGAGAACCCCAUGGGCGGAUACGGGAAGACCAUCAGCCACGUCAUCAUCGGCCUCAAGACCGCCAAGGGCACCAAGCAGCUCAAGCUCGAUCCCAGCAUCUACGAAAGUCUUCAGAAGGAGAGAGUCGAAGUGGGAGACGUCAUCUACAUUGAGGCCAACAGUGGAGCUGUGAAGAGACAAGGUCGUUGUGACACGUUCGCCACAGAGUUUGACUUAGAGGCGGAGGAGUACGUGCCGCUGCCCAAAGGAGACGUCCACAAGAAGGCCUGCCUCUCUCCCGGUGCCUCUCUCCCGGUGCCUCUCUCCCGGCACCUCUCUCCCGGUGCCUCUUUCCCGGUGCUUCUCUCCCGGUGCCUCUCUCUCGGUGCCUCUUUCAUGGUGCCGCUCUCCCGGUGCCUCUCUCCCGGUGCCGCUCUCCCGGUGCCGCUCUCCCGGUGCCGCUCUCCCGGAGCCGCUCUCCCGGUGCCGCUCUCCCGGUGCCGCUCUCCCGAUGCCGCUCUCCCGAUGCCUCUCUCCCGGGCCUCUCUCCCGAACGUGGUGUCGAAGAGCGCGCUGCAGUUCAGGGGGAACUCGCAGCACGACGCUCAGGAGUUCCUGCUGUGGCUCCUGGACCGAGUGCACGAGGACCUCAACCACAUCGUGCACCAGGACACCAGACCCCCGCUCAAGCCCCCUGUGGAGGAGGAGCGUGCACCAGAGGGCUCUCCACUCCCAGCACCAGGCUCUUUUGUACAAGAACUGUUUCAGGCACAAUACAGGUCGUCUCUGACUUGCCCUCACUGCCAGAAACAGAGCAACACUUUUGAUCCUUUCCUCUGCAUCUCACUGCCAAUCCCCGUGCCUCACACCCGGCCCCUCCAUGUGACAGUGGUGUACCAGGGGAAGUGCUCCAGCUGCAUGAGAGUGGGCGUGGCCGUGCCUCUGUCCGGCACUGUGGCCCGGCUCCGGCAGGCGGUGGCUCAAGAGACCAAAAUCCCAUCGCAGCAGAUCGUCCUCACUGAAAUGUACUACGACGGCUUCCACCGCUCGUUCUGCGACGACGAGGACGACCUGGAGAUCAUCCAGGAGAGCGACUCCAUCUUCGCCUUCGAGACUCCGGAGCUCUUCAGACCAGACCAGAUCCGCUCCAAGAGAGGCGGGAGUCCUCACGCCAAUCUCAACCAGAACAAUCUUAAGUACGGCACGGACAACAACCGGAUCUCGGCGCAGAUUCAAGAGGCCGCCUCCAGUCCCCCCCUGAGCCCCAACAAGAACAGUGGGCAGGCGGAGAAGAUCGUGCUGCUGGUGUGCAACAGGGCCUGUGCGGGACAGCAGGGACGCAGGUUUGGAAAUCCAUUCAUCCUGUACUUGGAGCGAACAGUGACGUGGGACACACUUCAGAAAGAGAUCCUUGAGAAGAUGAGACACCUCAUGAGGCCUGGAGUCAUCGUACAGGUCGGACCCUUCACUCUGCGGGUGGUGGGAGUGGUUGGAAUCACAUAUCUGUUGCCUCAGGAAGAGCAGCCACUCAUCCAUCCUUCUGUGGAGAGGGCGUUCAAGUCGUGUGGACCUGGGGGGCCGCCUCAUGUCAAGAUUGUUGUUGAGUGGGACAAAGAGACAAAAGACUAUCUGUUUAAGAUGACGGAGGAUGAGUACAUUCCAGACGCUGAGAGUGUGCGACAUGUGAAGGAGCAGCACCUGCAGCCUCAGACCUGCUCUCUCGCUCAGUGUUUUCAGCUCUACACCAAAGAGGAGCAGCUGGCCCCAGACGACGCGUGGCGCUGCCCUCACUGUAAGCAGCUGCAGCAGGGCAGUAUAAAGCUGAGUCUGUGGACUCUGCCCGACAUCCUCAUCCUGCACCUGAAGCGCUUCAGACAGGACCAGGACCGACGCGUGAAGAUGCAGAACAUGGUGAAGUUCCCGCUCACAGGCAUGGACAUGGCCCCACAUAUGGUGAAGCGCAGCCAGAGCAGCUGGAGCCUGCCUUCUCACUGGUCACCGUGGAGACGGCCAUAUGGCAUGGGCCGCGACCCCGAGGACUACCUGUACGAUCUGUAUGCAGUGUGUAACCACCACGGCACCAUGCAGGGCGGUCACUACACUGCUCACUGUAAGAACUCCAUCGACGGACAGUGGUACUGCUUUGACGACAGCGACGUCCAUCUCAUUCCGGAGGAGGAGGUGUGCAAACAAACUGCUUACAUCUUGUUCUAUCAAAGAAGGGCCACCAUUCCUUCUUGGUCCGCCAACAGUUCAGUGGGAGGCUCGACCAGCUCCUCGUUAUGUGAGCACUGGAUCAGUCGGCUGAUGGGCAGUCGGCCUCCGAGCCAGGCCUCCUCUGGCUCCUCCAGACGCACCUCUCUGGCCUCGCUGUCCGAGUCUGCAGAGUUCGCUGGUGAACGAAGUGAAGACGAUGGAUUGUCGAGCCGACCUGCAGUCAGGGGAAUGCAGAGGCAGACCUUCACGUCUCGAUCCUCCAUCGCGAGCCCCUUGGCGCUCAGCGAAAAUGGCAGCAAACCGUCGUGGCCGCACUCUGCCAAGCUCCAGCUGCGCUCCAACUCGCCUUCACGCUUCUCUCUGGAGUCCCACUCUUCGUCGCCGACUUUGGAACGCAUCGGCGAGGUGGCGGACAACAUCACCUGUUUCAGCGGCUCUCCCAAACUGGAUCGUCUGUCCUGUCACCAUGGCGCCCGCAGACUCUUGGACCAGGUGCACUCCAGAGCUGUGGCCCAGGCCGAGCAGAGAAGUACCACACCUACCGCAGACAAUAACAAUGUGGUUAGUCCUGCAGAGACGAGCCCCCGCCAGCAGAGGGCCUCCACUCAGGAUGUCAACAAGAAAAACUCUGGUAAACCUGGACUGGACGGCGAGCGCAGUCCCAAAAGACGCGCAGGCACCUCUUCCACAUCCUCUAGUUCCCUCUCCCCCGCUUCUCCGGCUCUUGACAAAUCUCCAUCGCGAGUUCAGAAAAGCGCUGUGUCUCCGUCGAACCCCAAAGACAAAAGCGACGUUUUGCCCAAAGCGUCUAAGAGCGCUUCGUCCAGGGCGGCGACCCCGUCCAAGAGAGGAUCCGCGCAGACCCAGGAUUCGCUACACCCGGAUUCCCAACAGCGGAAAGGUGCUUCUCCCGGUUCGCAAAGCUCCCACGGCCAACGCAGGCCCUCGCCCAGAGCCGGAGCGGACAAGAGCUCGGCGUCAACAAGGACUAAAGCUGCGGAGAGGAGCGCCAGCCGGGAAUCUCCACGAACUUCUGCGGCUUCUGAAAGGAAAGUCAGCCACGCGGGGCCUCCCACAUCCAGGUCAGGGGGGUCAGGUAAGGCUGAGGGAAGAGCGACCAGGCCGACCGCAGAGCACCGGGGAGUGGGGAGGAGCUCCAGCAGUAGUUCCUCCAUGGCCAGUCUGAGGUCUUCGAGUGUGGGGGUGUCUACUAAUGCCACGCCGCCGGCCCGGGCGCGCAGGAACAGUAAGACGGAGGAUAAGGCGUUGUCCUUUUUCAAAACUGCCCUGAGGCCGAAGGAGGGGCGCGUGGGAAAAGCAGAGUCCAAAGGGAAUCAAGAGGACUGUGUUGGGGAGGGGAGAGAUGCUCAUGGGGGAAACAAAAAGGCGUCAGAAGUAUCGAGUCAGGCCAAAGACAAGGAAUCAUCAAAGACCUCCACAGCAGCAAAACCGCCGUCAUUACCAUCCACGAGAUCUAAAAACUCUGGGGCAGAAGCCGCUACACUGGCGUCUGCUAAAGAGAACAAAAAGGAGCCGAGCAAAAAGCCAAUGCAGACUCGGAAGAUCCCUAUCAGCUCUACACAGAGCAGCCAGAGGUCUAAGUAA